AUGGCCAAAGCCACCCAAAACUUCGCCCAAGCUUACUCGACGACCACGACGGAGGAAUUGUUUUUGUCCGUAGACAUACGGGUCCUCAUCGCAGCUAAGAAGACUGAACUUGCCAGCGAACUCAAGCUAGGCCGCAUCCCUGACACGGGUGGAAAAGAAGAGCUUGUCAGGAGACUUAUCGCGGACAACGAACGGCGACGAGUCAGCCGCUUGCAGAAGCCGCCAACGACGCAAGGAAAUAUUAGCAACGAAGAGCUGCCCGUGUGCCGUUCGCGGGCCAGACAAGGGGCCGCAAGCCCGGGCUCGUUCACGGACGGCGGCGUAACCGCUGACCUGUCCCGGACAGCCGGCCAGCUAGACGACCGGGUCAUGAAGACAGCCGCUCGCCGAGGCUGGCACUCCGGCGGGCCUCCACGCUCCACAGGACUGGGGCAAGACCCAGACUGCCCGGACCAUCGGCUGUCUUCUCCGUCGUCUUGGCCACCGUUCUCUUACGAGGGGUUCACACUCGACUUUCCUACAAAAGGCUACCGCCUUCACAGACAGUCCGAGGCAGCGCCCUUUGCGGAGAAGAUAGACUUCGUGCCUGUACCAGGACACGCGGAAGGCGUGGCAGCCAUGCACACCACUCUGUCGUCAGCAGUCAUGCAGUCCCUCAGCGACUUCACGGGAACGAACCACCAACGGAAGCAGCUAGAGGCCGUGCUGACACCGUUUUCAGGAAUGUUUACGGAACAUCCUGGGAAGACCGACGUUCUAGUGCAUCGCAUCAACACCGACGACGCCCGGCCAUGGCGUUGCAACCUGAGACCGCUGAGCCAGCACAAGCGAGCCGUUCUCGAUAAAGCCCUGGACGAAAUGAUCGACAUAGGAGCCGUACGACCCUCGGACAGUCCGUGGGCCUUCCCUGUGGUAUUGGCCCCAAAGAAAGAUGGAACGGCACGUCUUUGUGUGGACUACCACAGGCUCAACGCAGUCAUGGUGAGACAUUCCUACCCUUUGCCAGCAAUAUCGGCAUAA